AUGUACCGCAAAGAAGGCCUUCCCGCAAUUUCACUACAAGUCGAGUCAAGUGGUAUUAUUUGUCGUAUGCGGCUGUAUCUCUUAUAUUUUUGCACAAUUUUCUUUUUCUAUGGAAGUGUCAGAACCGAAAUUCACAAAAUCGAAAAAUUUGUGAUGCACAAAAUCGAUGUCAGUUGGAGCCUCAGUUUCCAAGUGGCGCAUGACAAAGCUCGGGAGCGCCCAGCUCCAGUCUGUCAUGCUGUUUGGACAAAGAAGACUGCCGCUGUCAUGCUACUCUGGCAGCAGAUUGCAUACCCCUAAACAGGCUUACAAUCGGCCUCAUUUGCCUGCUCUCCAAUACAGGCCUUCAAUGCCCUACAUUUUAUGCAUCACAAGUUUUUCGAUUUUGUCGAUUUCGAUCCUGACACAUCCAUAUUUUCUUGCAGAUCGAUGCAUACCAAGAUAAAGAUUGUUCUUUUUAAGCAACACAAUGUAAAUGAAUUUGAAUACUCUUGACAGAGCCACUCUUGGACGCGAUUGGGAACACGCUCAACACGCUACACGAGCACGGGCGCAUGACUACGACUUAGAAAACAAGUGCUUGCGUAUCAAUAAAAGCUGUGCGAUAUGUAAGGAAGGACGCAGAAGGAAACAAGUACAAGAGCAACCCUUCCCCUGGCAGGGAACGCGUCAAACAAUUUCAAAUACUCACUCGAGAGAUCGUUCUUUCUUGCGGCCAAAAAGAUUUUGACUUGCAUCAGAAAGUCCCCAAAAUGAUUUUUCAAUCCUCAGCAAGCAUUUGUUUCUUUGUUCCAUACUGCUCGCGAAGAAUGUGCGAACCACUGACGAGCGCUUUACGGCGGAUGUCCAUAAGAAGUUUGGCGCACACAUGUGUAGACUGAAGCGCGGAGGCGCAAAGAAGAACCAGGACUAUGGUACGGAUGCUUUUAAAAUGAAUAUACAUCAACACGAGCAAAUCUUGCUUUAUUUUUGCAAUGGCUGAGUGCUAGAUGGUACAGCUAGAUGGUACAUCGUAGCGACGCCAUGCAUGGAGUAUAUUCAUACCUUUACCAUCAAAAUCAGAUGCCAAUUUGACCCUCGUGGUGAGACACUACGCCGGAGAAGUGAACUACUCAACAGAGGGAUGGCUCGAAAAGAAUAACGCGGCGCUAUCGACAGAAGCAGAAAUGUUGAUUUCCUGCAGUGACCACAAGCUCGUCGCGCGGCUCCACGGCGAAGCACAAUCCGCUGCGACAAGCGUUGGGCGCAAAUACCUGGCCGACCUCGACUUGCUGCUGUCCACGCUCGACGCCUGUUCUUUGCACUACAUUCGCUGCUUCAAACCAAAUUUGAGCCAGAAAGCGAGCCUGUGGGAGGGAGGAGUGAUUUUGGAUCAAAUGCGGCAAUCAGGUGGGAUUGACUUGGUGAAAAUCAUGCACGAGGGCUAUCCCAACCGCUGCAGUUUCGACUACCUGGUAGAGCGGUACCAGUCCAAGCUUCCGGAUUUCAAGGACGAGCAGCCGCGAACGUUCCUUGGUGCGCUGAUGUUAGCUUUCGAAGUCCCGAAAUCAGAUUACGUGAUCGGAGCCAGCCGACUGUUUUUGAAAAGUGGUUGCUUGGCCGUCCUCGACCAACUGACUGAUAGCGGCGACGCGAUCCCGCCGGAAGUGUUGAAGCGCCUCAAGAAAGUCAUCCUGCAAAAGAAGCGACGACGCUGUUUCCAAGCCGUGGCUGUGUGUUUGUACCUUCCCAAAUUUUUGGCCGGAGCGAAAAAGGAAAGGAACCUGAAAAUGCUGAAAAUCUGCGCCGUCAACUACUACCGACUGAACCGGUGGGCUUCGCGCGCCAAAAAAACGCUUCGCGAUCAACGGGUUGCUGCAGCCAUCGAAAAACUUCGCAAGACGUGGCGUGUAGGUCGCGUCAUCGUGAGGCUUUUGCGAAACGCCCGGCGUCGCAUCGCGUGCAGGAGGAACCAGGACAUCGCAUUCCGACUCUACCCCACCAUGUGCCGUGCACUGAAAAAGUGGAUUCUGCGAGAGCGGGAAAAGGUAAAGCGACGAAUCGCGUUGUGGAAUGCCGUGAAGCACUACGUAACCGUUCACAGAUUCCUCAGUCGUCGCAUCAAGCAGUGGAAGCAGCAGCAACGGAAACAGUUGCGGCAGGCGCUCGACCAAAAUCUGCUGAUAUUCCGAGCCAUCGUCCUACUAAGGCGACGACUCACGUCAGGAUGCAUAAAGGUGCUUCCGCAGAGUAGAAGCAAAGUGUACACAGUGCGGGAGUUUGCAACGUUGCAAAAACGCAAACAACUAUCCGCAUUGCAGCGAGCACGAAGAAAGAUCCGAGUGAAGCAACUAAUUGCAGAGUUUUACAGACGCGCGCUGUUUGUGACCUUUCUGCGCCGUUACCAGCGUAGCCGCAAAGCUGGAGGGAAAGGACUUGCAGCUUCCGCCCCCACCACCCGUUUGGUUGUUACCGCCGGCAAGCUCCUGCUGCGCAACAGGUUCGUCCAACAGUUCGAACAACCACUGCUGCUGAUGCAGGAGUGCGCCCUAACCGGCGUACUCCUCGCUCGCGGCCACCGCAACGGGUGCACUCCCACCGGACUGGCGUCAUCGGGUGCAGGAGACAGCGCUGCUUUUCGGAACAGGGUCGAGAAUCGCCAAGCUCGCGAGGCCGCCAUCGCGAGGUGGAAUUCGAGGGCACCCUUGCCGUCCAUCGAGGACGAUUGCAGUCUCAGCCUUUGCAACGCCGCAGCUACCUUUUCCGACAACGUGGCAGCCCUCACGAAGGAGUUGGAGGAGCGAACAGGCUGGCGGGAUGCGUUGCAGCACCUGACCAAACAUGACCUCUACCGAUUCAUACGGGUGCAGAAGGGCAACCUUGAGCUCGCGCUGGAAAUGCUCCGGGAUCACGUGACCUGGAGACGUGCUGUACUAGAAGUACCGGGCGCAACUACUUCCACGGAUGGAGGGCCACAUGUGAAGAAAACAGCUAUAAUCGAUCCGAAGCAGGUGUUUGACGCGGCGCUCGCGGUCACUGAAAAGCAGCGGUUGCUGGCGGACCGGCAGGAACAAAGGUUGCGAAACUUCUGCACGUUCGGGUGGUGCGGAAGAGAUAGAGAUGGAAGGCCGAUUUACGUCAUCCGUCCAAUCUUCUCCACGUCCGACGUGGAGACGAAUUUCGACAUGGGAGGGAUCGAAGCCAUGGCGUACCUCCAAAUGGAACACACGCGGAGGUACAAGUACCUGGCAGUCUCCCGGAAGAACGUUGAGGCACAGGAGGUGCGGGGCAGUGCUGUUACCCAACAAAAUGGAGACGAGCUUUUGGUUACCCAAUUCACCAUGUUGAUCGACGUCGCCGCGGGUGGCGGCUUUAUUUGGACGCCGUCAGUGUGGAGGACCAUUCGUUUGAUCCUGCGCGUAAGCGCACAGUACCCGGAGUCCUGCGCCCGAGUUCUCGUGGUUGGCCUGCCCUGGGGAUUGGAGACUGUCUGGCAGCACGCCAUUCUGAGGCUCGUGGGGAAGGUCAACGUCAAGGUCGUUUUGAAGCGGAGCGUUCGGGACAUCUACCCCUACAUCGAGCCCGCACAGCUGCCCGACUGGAUGGGCGGCGACGUGCCGUUGGGCCGGAUUUUGAACGACUGGCACCCGGAUCACGCGUGGAACGACCAGGAAUUCCUCCAAUCCGUGGCCGGGAAGCAAAACAGCCAGAGGCUGUGGGAGAACUUGCAACUUUUACGAGACGACUUGUUCGGCACGGAAAGCAGCGGCGCUCCUGGAACGAUAAUCACAAACGCAGCAGCAGGAGCGUCGAUUACGUACAACUUCCGCUAAUACUACAACAUGGCCAGCUUCCACCCUGCUGACUGAUCCACCCCUAAAAUAAGGCUGGAGCCGCGGAUCAUGAUCGAUCUGCAUCCUGUCGGCAAACGGGAUGUAGGUUUAGGCCGGUGCUUAAGGCGAUAGGUGAAGACGUUCACCAUCAGCAGACCGCAAGAAUCUAAACAUGAAAACUUUCGCUCUCAUUUCGCUCUCGCUUUCUUCACUGCAAAUCUGUAAUGCUAUUUUACCUCUCGGCACAGCACAGCCAAGUCCUACUUCUCGAUCAUUUUUCUCCUCCUUCGCUCCAAUGUGAACAUGCUCUUAGCACGGUAUGGACAUGAUUUCGAAAAAUGAUAACUAUUUGUCUUUGCCUCCUUCCUUCCUCUUCAUUGUUUUUUGCGUAGCGCGCUAAGUUCAAUUCCACAGGCAGAAAAUCAAGUGCAAGGAAAGCGCGAAAGUUUAAUAAUUGCUACUAGCGAUGUAGUAUUUGUCAUUUAGUUUUUGUUUUGUUUACUUCAAAUGCAAAAAAAAAUAUCUCUAUUAUCUGAAAUGUACAUAGCGAAGCGUUUGCUAGAAUUCCUGCGAGUUCAUAUAAAACGCAAGACGCUUAUGUAUUGUACAAAACAGGAUGUAUAUGUAUCCUGCGUUUGCUAGAAUUCUUGAGAGUUCACAUAAAACGCAAGACGCUUAACAUUUUGAAGUACUUCAUCAUCAACGUAUUUUCAGCGCGAAAAAAUAUCAAUUGAUAAUAUACAAAUUCAAAUUGGUCUCUACAAAUUUUGUUGAUGAUGAUCUUUCUACGGCAUCCUACACUUAUCAGCACGGAGCGUUGAUCUCCGCCAUCCGUACUGCUCUCUCUUUAGAGAUUGCGUCGUGCUCGUGGAUGUUCAAGUAAGUAUGCAAACAAGUUAAAGUUAAUAAUAAUAUGUUUAUUGUAAUUGGAUAUCGGAGCCUCCUGGUCCUGACGAGUAAUUGAUUGAGGUGGACAAGAUAGGCAAAGGCUGCUGCUCUCCUUUAAGUUGAGUGGUUGUUCCUUUCAGGAUCGCCGUGUCGCAGUAAACUAAACUUACUCGCUGGAAGACGAGGCCAAGCGAGCUCGUAAGCCGGAGAAGGAAAAGCAGUGGCCGCGCCUCUUCGUGCUGGUGGCCGCUCAGAAAAUCAAAAGGGAAGCGAAGAGGCCAGAGUCCUCUCCUGCCCGAUCUUUUGCCGGCCAGAGCCCGCCUCUCUUCCCGGCGUUUUCGAGCAGCAGAUGUGUGUUAUUCUCGAACAGCAGGUGCUUGCAGAUGAACACCUGUACAUAAUUCAGCGCAGAUGAAGAAAUUUCGAUA